AUUUUAUUAUCGUUGUAGAAAAACUCCACAACAAAAUAUAAUAUAAUUACUUCAUAUUGGCAAAUAGAAAACGUUAUCGCCACAAUAUGGAUAUUAAACUUCGCAGUUCCACAAAGACUCCAAAAACUCCAGCAUUAACGGAAAAGAAAAAGCAACUGGAAAAGGAUACAAAAUAUACAGAAAAGGAGACCAAAUGCAUUGCCGAUAUGAAAAAACUCUAUUUGGAUACAAUAAAAUUAGAUGUUGAUCUGCAACAUGGCAUAUAUAAUCUUGAGAAAUCAUUUGAAAGUAAACAUGAUAUUAUCUACGAUAAACGUUUACAAUUGUUGGAAAACUUCAAAAAACACAAUCAAGGCGGUGAUCCCAGCGAAAUGGGAAAUGUUAAUAAUUUCUGGUUGAAAGUUCUGAAAGCUUCAUAUACCGAAUUCAUUAGCAAGAGAGAUGAGAAAAUUUUAGUGUUCCUAGCCGAUAUACGUUCCAAGUUGUACAAUGAACCAUCUGUUAAAUUUAUCUUGGAAUUUUAUUUUGAACCGAACGAUUAUUUUACAAAUCGUAUUUUAACGAAAACCUAUUUUCUCAAUUGCUUGCCGGACCCUGAUGACCCAUUUUCUUAUGAUGGAGCUGAGAUUUAUAAAUGUGAGGGAUGUAAAAUCGAUUGGAAAAAUCCUGAAAAGGAGAAGGAGAAAAAAUCAUUUACAUCAUUUUUCGAUUUCUUUGAUCCGCCAACAUUACCAGAAAAUCCAAAUGAUCCAACCUAUUCGGAUAUUAAUGCAAUAUUACAAAACGACUUUGAGUUAGGGUUCUACUUAAAGGAACGUGUUAUACCAAAAGCUGUCCUCUUCUUUACGGGUGAAAUUGCCGAUUGUCUAAGUUCAGAUUCUGAAUCUGAAUCUGAAAACGACGAAGAUGAAGAAACCAAUGAAGACGAAUUAGGCAGUAUUGCUGCAUCAACAAAAUAAAAAAUUCCUACAUUUUCUUAUGAAUUUUGAAUUGCCAAAUAUAUGAAUUAUAUACAUUUUGAUAUAAA